UUUGUGUUUUUCUUUUACUCUGUAGUGUACAUCAAUGGCUACGUCAAUGGCAAACGAGAAGUCGGAUUUUACUAGAACCGCAACAUCAUUCCGCAACUUUGUUUCACAAAAACCUGAUUCUCAGUUUCCAGCAGAAUCAGGAAGAUAUCAUCUUUAUAUCUCUUACGCUUGUCCAUGGGCUUCUAGAUGUCUUGCAAUCUUGAAAUUCAAAGGACUUGAAAAAGCAAUAAGCUUUUCGUCUGUUCAACCACUUUUUAAAAAAACCAAAGAAAGCGACGAGCAUAUGGGAUGGGUUUUUCCAGAUUCAGAUACAGAGGUUCUUGGAGCUGAACGUGAUCAUCUUAAUGGUGCGAAAUCCGUAAGAGAACUAUAUGAUAUCGCUGGCUCCAACUACACGGGAAAAUACACUGUUCCUGUUCUUUGGGAUAAGAAGCUUAAGACUAUCGUUAACAAUGAGAGUUCUGAGAUACUCCGAAUGUUCAAUACCGAGUUCAAUCAUGUUGCAGAAAACCCUUCUCUCGAUCUUUACCCUCCCAAUCUCCGAGCCAUAAUCGAUGAGACCAACGAAUGGAUCCACGAUGAGAUAAAUAACGGUGUUUAUAAAUGUGGGUUUGCUAAAAAUCAAGAAACCUAUGAUGUGGCAGUGAAACAAUUGUAUGAUGCAUUGGACCGAUGCGAAGAAAUACUCAGAAAACAACGGUUUCUUUGUGGAAACACUUUGACUGAACCAGAUAUCCGAUUAUUCGUCACUCUCAUAAGAUUUGAUGAGGCUUACGCGGUGAUCUUCAAAUGCGAUAAGAGACUCGUAAGAGAGUAUUAUAAUCUCUUUAACUACACGAAAGAUAUCUUCCAAAUCGCGGGAAUGAGCAGUACAGUAAAGAUGGAUCAUAUAAAGCAAAAUUACUAUGGAAGCUUUCCUUCUUUAAACCCUCUUGAGAUCAUCGCUCGUGGACCAAACAUCGAUUACUCUUUGCCUCAUGAUCGAUACAGAUUCAUGGAUAAAACUAGAUCAUUUCCAGCAGAAUCAGGAAGAUACCAUCUUUAUAUCUCUUACGCUAGUCCAUGGGCUUCUAGAUGUCUUGCAAUCUUGAAACUCAAGGGACUUGACAAAGCAAUAAGCUUUUCGUCUGUUCAACCACUUCGUAGAAAAACCAAAGAAAGCGACGAGCAUAUAGGAUGGGUUUUUCCAGAUUCAGAUACAGAGGUUCUUGGAGCUGAACGUGAUCAUCUUAAUGGUGCAAAAAGCAUAAGAGCACUUUAUGAUAUCGCUAACUCGAACUACAAGGGCAAAUACACUGUUCCUGUUCUUUGGGAUAAGAAGUUUAAGACUAUAGUUAACAAUGAGAGUUGUCAGAUACUCCGAAUGUUCAAUACCGAGUUCAAUCAUGUCGCAGAAAACCCUUCUCUUGAUCUUUACCCUCCCAACCUCCGAGCCAUAAUCGAUGAGACUAACGAAUGGAUUCACGAUGGGAUAAAUAACGGUGUUUAUAAAUGUGGGUUUGCUAAAAAUCAAGAAACCUAUGAUGUGGAAGUGGAACAAUUGUAUGAUGCAUUGGACCGAUGCGAAGAAAUACUCGGAAAACAACGGUUUCUUUGUGGAAACAUUUUGACUGAACCAGAUAUCCGAUUAUUCGUCACUCUCAUAACAUUUGACGAGGCUUACGCGGUGAUCUUCAAAUGCAAUAAAAGACUCGUAAGAGAUUAUUAUAAUCUCUUUAACUACACGAAAGAUAUCUACCAAAUCGCGGGAAUGAGCAGUACAGUAAAGAUGGAUCAUAUAAAGCAAAAUUACUAUGAAAGCUUUCCUACUUUAAACCCUCUUGAGAUCAUCGCUCCUGGACCAAACAUUGAUUACUCUUUGCCUCAUGAUCGACACAGAUUCUCUUCCGAAAGUGACGAUGCAAGACUUGAAACGGAGAGAGCGAUUAAAAGCUUAAGAUCCACGACAAUCCCACUUCCCAUGGCGGUUUCCUCCUUCUCCGACGAAGAAAUCCCGCCGCAGCACCAAGUGUUCAUCAACUACAGAGGAGACGAGCUACGAAAAAGCUUCCUGGGGUUUCUCGUGAAGGCCAUGAGAGACGCGAAGAUCAACGUCUUUACAGAUGAGAUCGAGGUCAAAGGUAGAGAUUUACAGAAUCUUUUCAGUAGGAUCGAGGAAUCAAGAGUCGCUGUUGCGAUCUUAUCCGAGAGAUACACUGAAUCGAGUUGGUGUUUGGAUGAAUUAGUGAAGAUGAAGGAAUGGAUUGAUCAAGACAAGCUCGUUGUCAUUCCAAUCUUCUAUAGAUUGGAUGCGACAAACUGUAAAAGACUCGAGGGACCUUUCGGCGAUAAUUUUCGGAAAUUGGAGAGAGAGUAUCGGAGUGAGCCUGAGAGGAUCAAGAAAUGGAAAGAAGCUUUGAUCUCUAUUCCCCAAAAGAUUGGCUUGACUUUGGAAGGACAUAGGAAUGAGUGUGAAUUGGUCGAUUCAAUCGUUAAGGAGGUGAAGAAAGUACUAAUCGAUAUGUCAAGCAAGGAAAGAGACAACUCACAGAAUUACACUAACAUAGAAGGUCAAUCUACAAAGCACCAUAUUGAAAACAACAUCAUCUCAUCUUUUGAGCCUCUAAUGGCAGAGCUAGACCAACUACCACCACGUCGCCCUCAAGUGUUUGUCAAUUUCUGCAAUGACGAGCUUGGCGACAACUUUAUUAGACAUCUCGUGUGGGCUUUGAGAGACUCAGGGAUCAAUGUCUUCACAGACAGCUACAAGGUUAAAGGAAGUGGACAAACACAAGAAAUAUUCACGAGUAUAGAGAAGUCGAAUAUCGCGCUUGCCAUCUUCUCAAAGAGAAAUGAAUUUGCUCUUGUCGGUGCCAUUGUUAGAGAAGUUACAAGAUUACUACCAAACUCUCCAAGAAGAAGAAAAUUAGGGAUUGGAGAAGUUUUCUUGAGGGCUUUAACAGCUACAUUUAUCUUUGCUCUCUUCAUAUACCCUAUGCCUAUGCCUGAUGUGAAUUUUUUCAAAAUUGGUGCCCAACUGGGUUCAAGUGCGGAAAUAAACUAUCAGCCGCCUUCAGUUGUUACAGGUGGUGACCUGGCGAAGGUUCAACGAGCGGUUUGCAUGAUCAGCAACAAUACUGCAGUGGCUGAAGUGUUCUUACGUAUAGACCCUAAGUUUGAUUUGAUGUACUCCACAAGAGCCUUUGUCCAUUGGUAUGUAGGAGAGGGCAUGGAAGAAGGAGAGUUCUCUGGCCCCGUGAGGAUUCUGCCCUCAGGAAGUUGGUGCAGAAGGAGCAGAGGACGAAGACGAAGAAGGCGAUGAGUAUUAGAAAGACUUUUUUUCUUUCUUUGUGACAUAGCAACUAUGUUAUUUUGUGAUGUUUACGGGUCGGAUUAUUUUGUGGUUUAUUUUGGCACUUCAAAUGUCUUGUACGCUCUAAUAAAGAUGCUUGUGAGAA